AUGGCUCCUCAAGCAGGUAAGAAACAAAAUGCAAAAAUCCAAAGGAUCAAAGACGAAGUGCAGCCUAAAGGAAUUACAUUAACAGUUCCUCCUACCUCGACUCAUACUACUGAGUUGGAUCUUGGGCGGAUCGCCCUUGACCAACGGAGCGAUAGAAAGGUUACUGUUUCGCUUGGGAAACUUAGCGCUGGCUUGCCUGUUCCUCUCUUUGAUCCGGAAAAUCCUCUUUUUUAUGAGAUUCUAUCGCAUUUGGGAGAUAGGCGGACGAAGAAGAACGAGAGAAGAGAAUCUCGCAAAGAGGGUUCCUCGCGCUACAAGAAAGAUAAAUCUCCUAAGCCCAAAAAGGCUCGUCUUGAUUUAAAGGCGAAGAGUAAGGAUAAAAUUCUGUCUCCAAGCUCUGAAAAAGAAGGCAUUUCUAGAAAGAGGAAGAUAACUCCAAAGUCUAGAGGACCUCACUCAGAAUCCUCCGGAUGCUCAUACUUAUGUUCUAAUAAUUCCUCUACAGAUGAUGCAUUAUUAUCUCCUGAGGAACCACUCUUAUCCUCUCGUUUUUGUGGCGUCAUGAUUGAGUUUUCCAACAGACCUUUUGGUGGAUUGGCUCACAUAGGAGUAGGUUCAUCUUCAUCUCGAGGUGGAGUUUGUAGUGAACCGACUACAAAUUGGUGCGAAAUUAGGGAUUUGAAAGAGAAAAGAGAUUCUCUAAUUAGUGAAAAGGAUCAAGCAAUCGUUAAGCGUGCCCAAGCUUUAGAACAAUUUCAGGAGAAUGUUCUUCAUGCUUAUGAAGAAAGGGAUCGGAUUAGAGGCGAGAACGAAGCUUUCGUUGCUCGAGAAAAUUUGGUUCGUUUUCGCCUUCGUAUUGAGAGUGAUGACGAUUUUGAAUGGGCUUUGAGUGUUGUUGAGAAUGCUAUGGUAGAAAUAGCUAAACGCGAUAGUUUGGGGAUUGAUCAUGCUGAAACUCUUAAAGAGAACAUUUCUGGAAAUGAAGACACUGAGAAGGAGCAGAUUCAAAAGAUUGAGGAUCUCUCCAUGGAACUAGAGUCGUUGAAAUUAAAACUUUGUUCCAGGGACUCCAAAUACUCCAAACUCAAACGAGUCCUAACAUCGUCUGUUGCCAACCCAAAGAAAAAUGAACUGCGCGAGCGGAACAAUCAUGUUCAAUUUGUUGCUAAACUUAUUUGCGCCCAAUAUGGGAAUCCUUUACCUAACCUCAAUCUCAUUGUAGUUCCGCCAAAUGAGGAGGUAGAAGAUAUCUCCAGCAGUGAAUGGGAGGAUGGAGAAGAAUAUAUAGAAGGCGAGUAUAAGGAUGAAGAGGAAUUAAGUGGAGAUGAAUUGUUCGAAGGUCAUUCCGAAGGUGAUCUCUUGGAUGGGCGAGAGAGAGUUUUUGAUGAGGUUUUGGGUGGCGAUACUGUUAAUACCUAAGGCGAGACUGUUCGUAAUACUAGUACUAUUGAGGUUAUAUCGUACUUGGAGACUGAGAGUCCGGUUCGCCGUUCGUCUUCUUAAGCUUGUUCUUCUCGAGAUUAGUCUUCGAUUCUUUAUUUUUGUUUCUUCUUAGACCAUGUAUAUGUUGGAUAAUUAUCUGGGUGCUCCCAAGCUUGGGGGUUUCAUUCUUCUAUUAACAUGCUUCUUGUUUCCUGGCAUUUAAUUUUUCCAUCCUGCAUUUGAUUACUAAAACAAAAUACUACUUUAUCUUAUCUUAAAUAAUAUAAUCAUUUGCUGCAAUAUAUUUAAUUCGAUAUUGCUAAUCAUGUUUGAAUGCUUAUGGGAUUUUGAUGCAUAUAUAACUCUGAUUGAAAAGGCGAAUAACACAUGUAUUAUAAAUUUGUAUUCC